GGGACGCCUAGGCCUGGGGUCGGGAGCGCGCACGCUGUGCGUCCUAGGCGCGCUCGGGAUUCUCGCCUGGCGCGGCUGGGGAAAGGUGAACAGUGUGGCCAGCCAUGUUCUUCUCCGCGGCGCUCCGGGCCCGGGCGGCUGGCCUCAUCGCCCACUGGGGAAGACAUGUAAGGAGUUUGCAUAAAACAGCUAUGCAAAAUGGAGCUGGAGGAGCUUUAUUUGUGCACAGAGAUACUCCUGAGAAUAACCCUGAUACUCCAUUUGAUUUCACACCAGAAAACUAUAAGAGGAUAGAGGCAAUUGUAAAAAACUAUCCAGAAGGCCAUAAAGCAGCAGCUGUUCUUCCAAUCCUGGAUUUAGCCCAAAGGCAGAAUGGGUGGUUGCCCAUCUCUGCUAUGAACAAGGUUGCAGAAGUUUUACAAGUACCUCCAAUGAGAGUAUAUGAAGUAGCAACUUUUUAUACAAUGUAUAAUCGAAAGCCAGUUGGAAAGUAUCACAUUCAGGUCUGCACUACUACACCCUGCAUGCUUCGAAACUCUGACAGCAUACUGGAGGCCAUUCAGAAAAAGCUUGGAAUAAAGGUUGGGGAGACUACACCUGACAAACUUUUCACUCUUAUAGAAGUGGAAUGUUUAGGGGCCUGUGUGAACGCACCAAUGGUUCAAAUAAAUGACAAUUACUAUGAGGAUUUGACACCUAAGGAUAUUGAAGAAAUUAUUGAUGAGCUCAAGGCUGGCAAAAUCCCAAAACCUGGGCCAAGGAGUGGACGCUUCUCUUGUGAGCCAGCUGGAGGUCUUACCUCUUUGACUGAACCACCCAAGGGACCUGGAUUUGGUGUACAAGCAGGCCUUUAAUUUAUAUUGAACUGUAAAUAUGUCACUAGAGAAAUAAAAUAUGGACUUCCAGUCUAC